AUGGGUACUUGUCAAUACUGUGUUUCGACUACGCGAUUUACCAAAGGACGUAUCUGCCCACGACUUACGGUUUUUGAGGAGUUUUGGCAAUCCGAAUUCCGACAGCGUGGUAAGGCUAAUGAUAUCAAGUGGACAGUCGUCGCUUUUACGAUUCCCUCAAAGAGAGAAGAGGCAGGCGGUAUUUGA